CCGCUUAAUUUAGGAAUUCAUCUCACCAUUCUCCUGUAAUUUCUGGCUCUGCAGUACCAAUGUCAGUCUGAGUUGACUUGAGUAUCUCCUGCUAUUACUGUGUUGCGUCCAUACAUGCAAUCUGUAGAUAGUGGCCAAGCUCAAAAACGCCAGGUAUAUCAUGGCCUGAGUCUUUGCAAGAGGUAGGAUUUCACUCUCCAUUCAUUGGGCUAGCCAUGGCAAUACCCACGAUCGACCUCAGUCGAGCCACUGAUCAGACACGAAGCCCGCAGCUACUCAAAGAUGUACGCCAUGCACUGGUCGAUGUCGGCUUCCUGUACUUAUCUAAUCAUGGUAUCGAAGAGUCUACCAUUGAUGAUCUGGUGAAGAUGCUCCCAGUCCUCUUCGCGCUGCCGGAAGAUGUCAAGGAAUCCGCUGCACUGAGGCAAUCGCCCCACUUCCUGGGAUUCAGCAAGUUCGGCACAGAAAUUACAGCUCGAGUCCAGGAUCAAAGGGAACAAUUCGAAUUGGCCAAUGAACUUGAAGACAAGUACAGCAAAGCAAGUGGUUUGCCAUUAUACACGAGGCUUCAAGGGCCAAAUCAAUGGCUGAAAGCAGACGCCUUACCAGAGUUUCGUGAGAUCGUCGAGUCCUAUAUUGCUGCCCUGCAGGACGUGGCCCUCCGGUUUCUGGAGGUCGUCACCGAAUCGCUGGAAUUGCCACAGGACAGCCUUGUUCGUUUCACAGGGCCUCAAGACCGGCUCAAGCUGGUGCACUACCGGCCGUCGGCGGAUGCUACGCUCGAUGCGCAGUCUCAAGGCGUUGGCCCGCACAAAGACAGCUCGGGAUGGAUGACGUUUUUGCUGCAAGCUUCUGACCCAUCGAUCAAGGGUCUUCAAGCACUCUCGAAAGAUGGAGUUUGGCUUGACGUUACACCCGUGCCAGGCACCUUGAUCGUCAAUAUGGGCCAGGCGUUCGAGGUCGUUACCAACGGAGUGUGCAAAGCCACGACUCAUCGAGUGCUGCUGCCGCCGGGUGACUAUGACAGAUAUAGCGUGCCGUUCUUUCAAGGUGUUCGGCCAGAUCUGACCAAGCGAGAUCUUCAGAGUUUGUGGGGGCACUUUGACAAGGAGAAAUGGAAUACGAGAGAAUCGGAGGAGGGUCAAAGGGUGGAUAGUCCUUUUCUGCGUGGGAAGUAUGAGACAUGGGGAGAGGCACAGCUUCGCACCAAGAUUCGGAGCCAUAGAGACGUUGGGCUUAGGCAUUAUGCUGAUGUCUUCGAGAAAUAUGUCAAUGAUGAUUGAUUGGAUAUGCUUUUAGCCAGUAAAGGAAAACUCUGUGGUUGUAUUUCACUCCACGACAACGUCCUUGCUGGUGUCGAGC